UUGGCACUCAUGUAAAUCUCAAUGAUACCGUCUUUUGUUAGUUCAAGUCAAAUCACUGAGUGAGUUUCGAUCAUGGUAUCGAACCGUGACCGCGACGACUUAUUUUGUAAAACUUCAGUUGUCCGUACACGUUUUGGAAACCGUUUGGAUUGCCGUACGAUAUAUUCCAUCAAUCGGGCGGAGAAAAUCACGUUUUUGGGUCUUAACAAUUUCCCAUGGUCGCAAAAUAUAUUCAUCACAUUAUAUAGCGACACCAAACAUGGAUCCCCAUGUAUCGAACGCGCAAAAUGUCCCGCCACCACCGCCGUACAGCGAAACUCCGACUAUUUAUCCUUCGAAUACACCAUCUUUUAAUGAUUACACUACCAUGCAACAGCAGCACAUUGUUCCUGCAUAUAUAAUCGUAUCAAAUCCAUCUUUGGGUCCAGAGCCGACACAAUUGAUAUGUCCGGUAUGCCGUCAACAAAUCCUCACUCAGAUCAAUAAAACACCGACCAACGAAGCGUAUUUAUGUAGCAUGCUAGCAUUUGUUUUGGGGUGUGCGUUUUUUUCGUGUUUACCGUUCUGUAUGGAAUCUUGCCGAAAAGUCACACAUACUUGUCCGAUGUGUUCGUCUCACAUCGGUACGUAUGUCCCGUGAAAACGACAAGAAACAACAGAACGUGCUUUAAGAAAACAGUUGUGAAGAUGUAUUUUUGUACAUUAUGUUAAAACUAUUUGAAAGAACAUUAAAUAUAAUAGUAAGCGGA